GAAUUGUAUGAUAUUGUAAUAUAUUGAUCUUCUUGAAGCCAUGCUUUUUCUUUUCUUUCUUGCUACUACUACUUUUUCUCGUUUCCUUUCUAGGCGGGUUCAAUUUCCGUAAUCCGUGGUCUGCUGCAGCACACUACUACUAUCAUAUUAUCUUUGAGGUCAAAUUUGGCAUAAUCCGCUCCCAUGCACACCAAGAAUUUGCUGCCAAUUCGCAAGGGGCUGAACUCAAAUCCCAAAUCCUAUGUUGUCUAUCCUGACCAUGGAUUCCAGAGACAAGGCCAUCAAGCCUCAACUACUCAACUUUGAAUCGCCAAACGGUUUUGUGAGUGCAAAGCAGGUCUCACUUAUGAUCUGGGGAGAUCGUACAGCAAAGCAGGCAACAGUGAUGGCCUCAAGGCCCUUUCGAGAUCUUUGCCCCUUCAACAAACCCUAGAUCAGGAUCUCAUACAUUG